AUGAGGGAAAUUGAUAGUGGUUCGGGAUUAAAUCAAGAAGUUGGUUUGAAAAGAUCUGGAGAUACAUGUUGGGGAUCUUAUUCCAAAUGUGUUCUUAACAUUAUCUCCUUGUUUUCUGCAAUUGUCGAGGUACUUAUGCACAUUGGCAAACAUGGUUUAUCGGAGAAUAAUUUCAAAGCUCAAACUGUGUUGGGUUCGUUAGAAUCAUUUGAUUUUAUUUUCAUGGCUCACUUGAUGUUGACUAUUUUUGGAUACACUAAUGAUUUGUGUAUUGAUUUGCAAAGAAAAGAACAAGAUAUUGUUAAUGUCAUUAGACUUGUUUCUUUCAUGGCUCACUUGAUGUUGACUAUUUUUGGAUACACUAAUGAUUUGUGCAUUGAUUUGCAAAGAAAAGAACAAGAUAUUGUUAAUGUCAUUAGACUUGUUUCUUCUACAACAAAAGUAUCAAGACGUUUUGUUGAGAAAGCUACAAAUGAACAUCAUUUUCGUGUUGGAAUUAUUUUAUUGGAAGUGAUUGAUUUGCAUCUUCAAGAACUUGAUAAUCGGUUUAAUGAGAAGAACAAGGAGCUACUUACUUGCUUGGCUAACUUAAGUCCUAUGGAUAAUUUUUCAUCAUUUGACAAAGAAAAGGUGCUUAAACUUGCUUCUUUGUACCCCAAAGACUUUUCACAUAAUGAGUUGUUGAGUGUUGAUGAUCAACUUGAAGUGUUCAAGCAAGUCAUGUUAGAUGAUGAAAAUUUUCUAGAUUUGCAUGACAUUAAUUCUCUUUCAAAGAUGCUUGUAAAAAACAAGUUGCAUGAGACUUAUCCUCUUAUUCAUUUGCUUAUCAAGUUAAUGUUGAUUCUUCCUGUUACUACGGCAAGUGUUGAAAAAGUCUUUUCGGCAAUGACAUAUAUCAAAAAUAAAUUGAGAAAUAGUAUGGGUGAUUAA